ACUUCGUAAUUAAUAGAAGCAUGCAAAGGUUAUCAAUUUUUAUAAAUAGGCAUGUAUCGUGUCACGGCUGACCAUUAUCUCUCGAUCGAGUAAAUAGCGCACAAACAAAAUAUGUUUCGCAAUUUAAUACCAUUUUUUAUUUUUAUUAUUUUUGCGUUUAGUGUAAAUGGGAAGACGUUGAAUAUAAUAAGUAUAAAUGAGGAUUGGGUGUGCGGCGUCAAGACGUCGUGUCAGGAAUGCCUAAAACAUCCCCAAUGUUCAUGGUGCACUACGGAACUAAAUUGUUUUUCGGAGCAACUGGUCGACAAGGACUUCUGCGAAAAUGGAAUAACAAAGCAAACUAAUAUUUCUCUGAGCUUGGAAGACAACGCACGAUGCGCGUGCGCAGGUGAUGAGAUUGUACAGAACUGUCGGCCGCCUGGCGACAGCGAGGCAGCAGAGUGCUCAGGACGAGGGAGCUGCCAUUGCGGGCGGUGUAUCUGCGACGUCCCAGAUCCCGAAAUACCGAGCAAGGUUAUAAUCGGAGAAUACUGCGAAUUCGACAACUAUUCCUGUGACAGUCCCAUGUGCAACGAGGGUCCGUAUUCCAUAUACGAACUUGAAAAGUACGCCGAGUUAAAAGCGAUGGACGAAGAAAAGUCGAGAAAUUUACUGAGGACUGAUUUCUACGAGGACAUUGAAGUCACAAAUCCGGAAGAGCAGCAAAUCUAACUUUUUUACUAUCAUUGAAUUACUUGUACAUAGAUUAAAAAAAAACAUAC